AAGUCCGGCACCGGCAAAACCUGCGUGUUCUCCACCGUGGCGCUGGAGGCGGUGCUGCUGGAGAGCCCCGCCACGCAGAUUCUGAUCCUGGCUCCUACCCGGGAGAUUGCUGUGCAGAUCCAUGCUGUGAUCACAACUCUCGGGAUCAAGAUGGAAGGCCUGGAGUGCCACGUCUUCAUUGGGGGCACUCCUUUGAACCAGGACAAAAUGAGACUAAAGAAGUGCCACAUAGCAGUUGGAUCCCCAGGUCGAAUAAAACAGCUCAUAGAGUUGGACUACUUGAAUACAGCCAGCAUCAGGCUUUUCAUUCUUGAUGAAGCAGACAAGCUUCUAGAAGAAGGCAGCUUUCAGGAACAAAUCAAUUGGAUUUACUCUUCGCUGCCAGCCAACAAACAGAUGCUGGCAGUGUCAGCCACUUACCCUGAGUCAUUAGCUAAUGCCCUGACCAGGUACAUGAGGGAGCCAACGUUUGUGAGGUUGAACCCUACUGAUCCCAGUCUCCUUGGGCUGAAGCAGUAUUUCAAAAUUGUGAAUUUCCACCCACUUCCCCAUAAAACAUUUGAGGAAAAAGCCCAGCACCUACAGGAGCUGUUCAGCAAGAUUCCAUUUAAUCAAGCCUUAGUCUUCUCCAAUUUGCACAGCAGGGCCCAACAUCUGGCUGAAGUGCUGACAUCCAGAGGCUUCCCUGCCCAGUGCAUUUCGGGCAGCAUGAAUCAAAAUCAACGACUUGAUGCUAUGGCUAAACUAAAGCAGUUCCACUGUAGGGUUCUGAUCUCCACAGACCUGACAUCUCGUGGAAUUGAUGCUGAAAAGGUGAACCUGGUUAUCAACCUGGACGUGCCUGCAGACUGGGAGACGUACCUGCACCGCAUCGGCCGAGCCGGGCGCUUCGGAACUUUAGGGCUAUCUGUGACAUACUGCUGCCGUGGAGAGGAGGAAAACAUGAUGAAGAAAAUUGCCCAGAAGUGUAAUCUUCAGCUUCUCCCUCUACCAGAGCCUAUACCUCCAGGGAUGAUGGAUCAGUUGGAAGAUGGGGAGGUAGAAGUCAAACCUGCUACACGUGCAGGUGCUUCAGUGAGUCCUGACACUGUGUGUCUUAAACCAGAGGAACCAGUUCUGCAGCCUGUCCAAAACAGUUUUUCAGAGGUACCUCAGCCUCUUUCUAACCUUUCAGGUGAUAAUUCUCCUGUAGAAAGGCCAAAAAAGGCUGUGAAGCAAAGGCAGGUAAAGUGCACAACUUCUGCAAAUGUAGGAAAAGGUAGCAGGAACCCCCAGACUUCCAGCUGCCACACAGAACAGAGGAAUCAAGUCAGAACUGUCUCCAGAGUGGAUGGACAUCAGAAGACUCAGGCUCCAGAUGAGGAGGCCUUAAAAAAAAGUCUUCCCAAAAUUCCAUGCUUGUCUUCUUUCAAAAAACAACCAAACAGUCCCUGGAGCUUCUCAGAGAUUGUUGAAGACUAUGAGUAUUUCAUUAAAGAAGGGUUGGAGAGAGAGGUUGAGAUUUUAAGAAGCUAUUCAGGCCCAGGAGAAGAGCGUGAGCUCCCCAGGAAUGGUGGAGUGGAGUGGAAGGAGGUGGAAAAUACUCCAGAGGUCGUAGCCAACGGUGCUGCGUCUGACAGCGAUGAUUUGUACAGUUCCAGGGCUUCCUCCAGUAGUGGGGAAAAUAACCCACACUUCCAAGUGUGUGCAGAUGCCCAGGAGCAGAAUGCUGCCCCCACAGCACGACAGGCCCGUGCAGGGCCCUGUCCUGCCCCAGAGGAGCUUCAGGAGCCAUCACGAGUCCCAAAGCAAAAUCGGGCGAAAAAGAAAGCUGUGAAACAGAAUGCUAAAGAGAAGAGGAGCCACUGCCAGCAGUCCCCUGGUGCCUCCAGGAGGAGGGGGCAGGACAGCUGCUCCCCCAGCCCCUGGGGUGAUGAGGCUCUGCAUGAGGACUGGAGCUACGAACCCAGCGCCAGAUACUGCUGCCAGGCAUGGCAGAACUACUGUGCUGCAGUGUCUGCCUACGGGGGUUACAGGCAGCUGAGCUGGGCCAGCGCCCGCCACGCCAGCUCCGUGUACCUGCAGGAGCUGCUGAGAGGUGACGACUGA